AUGACAUCUGCACGAUUUGCCUUCUUUCUGACAUGUUUGUUCUUGGGGGAAACAGCUCACACAAAUGACCUCAAAUUCUCCUUGUCUCUUUAUCAAGAAAGACAUUUUGUAUCAGCUAAUACUGGGGACGAUGUGACUCUGCGCUGUUUCUAUGAAGGUAACGAUGUGGCAAGGCUUUACUGGUAUAAGUUACAUUUGGGAAAGGAAUCAAAGCUCAUUUGCACUAUCACAGUGGACAAUCAAGCCAUGUUUAAUGAUGAAUUCAAGAGUGAUCCACGAUUCACAGUGAAUUCUGAAAAAGGAAACUGUCACUUAAAGAUAGAAGAUCUGGACAUUUCAGACUCUGCUACUUACUAUUGUGCAAGCAGCUAUGGGUACAUGUUUGCAUUUGCAGAGGGUACUGUCAUUGAUGUAAAAGGUUCAGGGUCGAACAUCCCAACUUUAGUGCAGCAGUCAGCAUCUGAGACCAUCCAACCAGGAGGCUCUGUGACUCUGAACUGUACAGUACACACUGGGACCUGUGAUGAAGAACACAGUGUUUACUGGUUCAGAGACUCUGAAGAUUCUUUCCCAAGAAUCAUUUACACCCAUGGAGGCAGGAAUGAUCAGUGUGAGAGGAAACCCAACACACAAACACACACCUGUGUCUACAACCUGCCAAUGAAGAGCCUGCCUCAUGCUGGGACCUACUACUGUGCUGUGGCUUCAUGUGGACACAUACUGUUUGGAAACGGGACCAAGCUGGAGUAUGAGAGGAACUGUUGUGUCUUUGUGUAUUUCUUGAGUGGAGCGUUGGCAUUCACCACACUUCUAAAUGUUUUAAUGGCUUUCAUAUUGUAUGUGACCCACAAGAGAAACAGCACUAAACACGCAGAGUCUCGUUCAAGAAUUUCUCCUGUUUCUUCAGCAGUCGCACAGGUUGCUCAAAAUGAAGAAAACAUCCAUUAUGCCGCUUUGAGGCACCACAAGGCUGACAGACCAAGAAGACUGAGAAACAACAGCAAGGCUGAAUGUGUCUACUCAAGCAUAAAGCAAUAG